UGAUCAAAAUUUCAAUUACCAAAGAAAAGAAGAGAAAAGAGUAAAAAAUAAAACAAGCCCCAUAAAACAAGCCUAAAUAAAGAGAGAAAUCUCGAAAAUCUCGAAUCGUGGCGGUCGUGGGUUUUGCCGUUGGAAUCUCUCAUCUUUCCCUCUCCAUUCACCUACUUUCCCAUGUAACAAAGGGAGAGAAAAUUUUUUAUUUGAUAAAAAGGUGUAGUUUUUUGAGAUAUGGGUAAAAUGGAUUUGUGACGUCAACAACGACAACACUCAAUCUCUUGCUUCUUCUCCAGAAACAAUCGCAAGGAAGAAAGGGAAAGAUUGCCGCUUUCUUCCCUUCCAGAAAUUCCCAUUCUUAGCAGGGAUUUUUUUCCAGUACCUAUUCUGUUGGACUUUUGGUGAAGGAGAAGAGAUUGCACGUAUGGUUGGCUUGGAUAUCAAUAACUGUUCUGUUUGCAAAGCUUUCUAAACUCCUUUUUAUUAUGCAACUUGAAGGAUGGGGGAUCAUUUUGUGUUACUGGUAGAUCGGUUGCUAACUGAAUCCACCCUUGAAGCUGCUAUUGAGAACAAACACCGCUGGCAGCAAGCCACUCCAUCGGCAAGCCAAGAUAAUAUCUCUGACUUUUCAUCGCAGAGGAUGGAUUUAGAUUUUAUGUCAUCUUCAAGAAAAUUGGUAGAGUGUAGGAUUUGCCAUGAUGAGGAUGAAGACACAAAUAUGGAGGUGCCAUGCUCUUGCUGUGGCAGCUUGAAGUAUGCUCACCGCAAGUGUGUUCAGAGGUGGUGCAAUGAGAAGGGUGAUACUGUCUGUGAGAUCUGUCACCAGCAAUUUAAGCCUGGUUAUACAGCACCUCCUCCAUUGUUUCAUUAUGGUGGCAUUCCUAUGAACUUCAGGGGAAAUUGGGAGAUAACCCGAAGGGACUUAAAUAAUCCUGGAUUUAUAGCAAUGGUUACCACGGACCAUGAAUUUAUGGACUCUGACUUUGAUGAUUAUUCAGCUCCCUCUCCUAGAAGCCUGAUGUGCUGUCGUAUUAUUGCUAUUAUUUUUAUGGUUCUUCUGGUCUUGCGCCACACUCUUCCAAUCAUUAUUAGUGGAGCUGGAGAUUACUCAACGACAAUGUUCAUGUUACUGAUAUUGAGGACCAUCGGGAUUCUUUUGCCCAUUUAUGUCAUGGUCAAGGCAUUCACUGCUAUCCAGCAUCGCCGUCAACAGCAGCGUCCUCGUUUCUCAGUUGCUGCAUCAGAUGAAGAAAAUGAGUUGCCACAUCUUCAGCCUCAGUCGCGCAUUUUUCACGGUCAGUGAUUGCCACAACCACCUCACCUAAAGGCACAAAGUGUACAGAAGAGGGAAUCAAAUUUCAGUUAUUCUAGUUUCUAUUUGUAACCAAAGAAAGCUGCACCCUUAUCACCAUAGCAAGUGAGCAGAAUUGCUUUUAAUAUGGCAAAAAUCAAGAGGAAUUUAAUGGUGCAGCAACAACAUCAUAUUAUCAUGAAGUAUGAAAACUAUGUACAGUUAGCUAUUAGGCAGUAAAUGGGAACUGCUGUUUAUGAGAAAUCGAGGGAAGAAUUGAAAAAGAAUGGGAUGUUUGUUGUCAGAAAAUGAAAUGAAAUAUAUCAAUUUAUAGUUAAUGUGCUA